GUACGAUGCAAAGUAAAAUAAUCUAGCUUUCUUAAGCUUAGCGGAAGAUUUAUGCGGGGGUAGCCCGAGCUUUUUCCAGAAGUAAAGCUUGAAACUCUUGGCGCUGGGCAAAAUACACGUGACGUGCGACAAGCAAUUUGCGGUGGGUGAAGGGAUCUCGGUUUCUAAUAAGCUCCGAGCUCUCCAACCUCAUCCCCACCCACUUCCACACCAAGCCUCAGCGAGCUAUCCGCCAAGGCCCCCCGAAGCGAAAAAUGGCGAACCGCAAUCCUUUUCAGGAUUACCUGAACAGACUCCAGCAAACCGCAAAGUCUAGCGGCGGCCGCGGCGGAUUCCCCGGCGGCAGACCACCCGGCGGCGUUGGAGGCAUUCUCAGUGCUGUCUCGGGCCUUGUUCUUCUUGGCGGCGGCGUCUUAGUCUUCCAGAAUGCCCUCUUCAACGUCGAUGGUGGCCACAGAGCAAUCAAGUACCAGAGACUCAACGGCGUGAGCAAGGAGAUCUACGACGAAGGCACACAUUUCAUUAUCCCCUGGUUCGAAAAGGCCAUCACCUACGAUGUCCGAGCAAAGCCCCGCCUCGUCUCUUCUCUUACGGGAACCAAGGACUUGCAGAUGGUCAACAUCACCUGCCGUGUGCUCUCCAAACCCGAGAUCACGGCGCUGCCGCAGAUCUACCGGACUUUGGGAACAGACUACGACGAGCGAGUCCUUCCUUCGAUUGUCAACGAGGUCCUCAAGAGCGUUGUUGCGCAGUUCAACGCUAGUCAGUUGAUUACCCAGAGAGAGAUGGUUGCGAGACUUGUGCGCGAGAAUCUCUCUAAGCGAGCAGCGCGCUUUAACAUACUCCUCGACGAUGUGUCUUUGACGCACCUUGCCUUCUCCCCAGAAUUUACGGCCGCCGUUGAGGCCAAACAGGUUGCACAGCAAGAUGCCCAGCGGGCCGCGUUCGUCGUCGAUAAGGCACGCCAAGAGAAGCAGGCCAUGGUUGUCAAGGCACAAGGUGAGGCUCGCUCUGCAGAGCUGAUCGGUGAAGCAAUCAAGAAGAGCAAGGCAUAUGUGGAGCUGAAGAAGUUGGAGAACGCGAGGGCCAUUGCUGCCAUCCUCCAGGAGGCGGGAGGCAAGAACAGACUCCUUCUCGACUCUGAGGGCUUGGGUCUCAACGUGUUUGAAAAAGUUGAGCCACCAAAGAACUGAGUGCACGAUGCCACGGGCGAGGUACUGUGAGGGCGAAGGAUGGAAAUCUCCACUGUAUGUAUACCCUACUGAAUGGGCAAACCCCAGUGUAUAGUACCUAAUUACGGAAUAAUGGGGUCAAAAUGGCCUAGGCAAGGCAGUGGCUUAUAGCACGCCGCAGUGCUCGAGACAUCAGUUUUCUUUGGUUGCAAUAUACUAGUGCAACAUUAAAAGCGUAGCCGUUUAAUUUUACGCCUCUUGCCUUGGCUAGGUAUUCUUUUUACUUUAACGGGAGGGUACGCAAUGUAAAAGGUAUCCGAGCAGCUGUAAUGAGGCUUCAUCUUGUUCAUUGUGGGGACUUUGUGGCGCUGCAAGGCUGGAAGCUCUCAUCCCAAAUCACUGAGCAGCUGUCAGCCUGGCUAGGUCGGCCCAAGGCCCCACUUGGCCCAUUCAAACAUGCUGUAGCCUUGGAGGACCUCUGCCCCACUACCCCUCCUUGCCGC